AUGCUUCAUGCAGUUGCAAAGAGGCAAUCGCGAAACGCCGCACCUCGGGUGGAAGUUCCCCGCCCAGUGCAGCUGGGGUCUCUGAAGUCGGAGAACGAGGGACAGGAUCCUGGCAUUCGCCUGGUGCCUGCCGGGGGAGGGGGCUGGGGACGGCCAAAGGAGGAUGUGGAAGAGGAGGCUCAGCCGACGAAUCCCCGUGUUGGGCUGACUUCCCAGCCUGCACAGUUGCGGCCCACCGCCUGGGGAAGGACAUCGAUUUCUGCACAAGCUGGGCCAAGGCCGGCACCAUGGGCGCAGCCAGCACCUGGCACAGCUUGGCAAGAGCCGGUGGAGAAGAAGCAGGAAGAGUUUCCGACCUUGGGAUCCGAGCCGAAGGGGCGCAGGAACUCCGGAUCUGGGUCACUGUCAAUGGGAUUGAAAACAAAUCCAGUUCCACCUGCUCGUAGCGAAUGGCCCAGACAAACGGCCAUGAGUUGCCAGAAGCUGCUGAGCUCACCUUCCCGAGCUUUGCCGUUGCCACCCCGGGCAAGCUGCGGACGUUGCGUGGUUCAUCGAGUAUGGUCAGGGGCAGGGCCUGACGGCCAUUUCGUCGCAGCCGCCACUGCCACUGCCGUGGCUGUUGAGCGCUGUCGGUCACCCGUCCGUCGCAAGCCCGCCCAAUCACAAGGCCCUGGGGCACUCCGCGCUGAGCGGCGCAGUUCGCAGACUAAGACAAGAGGUGCAUCCCGGGCCAGGCGUUACACUUCGGUGGACUGGGUGGCCAACCUGCGUGGCCUUUGGUCCUCGAACCUUCUCCGUCGAAUUCUGAGCCCAGUUCUCUGCACGACCGGCGUGGCGGUCUGGGUCUGUCUCGCCCACGCCUACUUGAUCCCGAAGGGAAAGUUCUGGCACGCCAGCACCACGGGCCACGCGCUGCUGGUCUCUGCUCUGGGGCUUCUGCUCGUCUUCCGAACGAACACGGCCUACUCACGCUUUUGGGAGGGCCGUCAAAUUUGGCAACGGAUUUUGGACUUGGGAAGGGACGUUUCUCGAUACGCCAUCCUGUUUCGCACAGAGAUGGGGCCCAACACAUCAGCGCACGUCUGUCGAUUGGUGCAAGCGUUCCCGUAUUGCAUGAUCGAGCAUUUGCGUGGCAAGAAGGACCGAGCCAUGCGCUCUAAGCUGGAGAGGCUCAUCGGUGCAAAGGGGGAGCUUGCCAGUAACGUCCAGCAUGACUAUACCCUGCCGAUGUCGUCCAAUAGACCUCUCUUCAUUGUGAACCAGUUGGCUCAUGCUGUCCGCUCAGUUCCGAACGGAGAAGGGCCACAGGCGAUGUACACCAACCGUGAGCGGUCUCAGCUCAUGCAAAACCUGGAAAAGCUGAGUUCCACCAUCGGAGCGUGCGAACGAUUAGUUCAAACACCAGUCCCUCUCAGCUAUGUGCGACACACAUCGCGCUUUUUGUCCUUGUUCAUGCUCACGCUUCCCUUCGCUUUGGUGGAUGUGCUUGGCCCGUACACUGUCCCGGUAACCUGCUUUGCAAGCUGGGCGCUGUUUGGAAUCUUCGAGAUUGGUCUUGUCAUCGAGGACCCCUUCCAGGGUGUUUUGAAGGUGGAGGUUAUCGCAGACACGCUGCAGGUGGACAUUGAGGAGUCUAUUCGAAGUUUGGGGGCACAGGACCUUCUGGAAGCAGGCGCGCUGGGCCUCGUCGAGGCCCCAAAGAAGUCGCGCAGCGACGCCAGCAGCUACGAAUCUUCACGGGCUUUGCCAUCCACCGGAGAAGAAAUCUCAGUGGCACGUGCUGCCGCACAAGCCGAGUCCGAAGAGGGCAGGGAAAGUGCGGGCGAUCUGAGAAGCAGAGACGAACCCGUGCUGCCUUGGGCCAGAGUAAAGGAGCAGGUCCUUUUGCAGAUCUUUCAGUCCUACGACGUAAAUGGUGACCAGGCCAUUGACAAGACGGAGAUGGAGAGGGUGCUCUCGGACACGGCACCCGACAUGGAGAUCGACGUUGAAAGCAUAGAGGCCAUCUUCGAAGAAGCCGACGUCGACCACGAUGGACUUCUCACGCAGGCUGAGUGGGUCAAAUGGGCGGAGAGAUGGGUCCAGAAAGCAGAGAUUGCCAACCUGGUGCUGCGAAUGCCUUCCUCACCGCUUCUUCCUGCAGACACGCAAGAUGACACAUGGGAGGAGGAGGAUGAUCCAGAGAGGCCCGAAGCCGAGGAGGACAGCGGCGGGCCCGCCGAGGGCGAAGCGGAGGACGCCAGCUCGGAGGCUCCCGUCGCUGUCCGCUGGGAGCCGAAGUUGCCUCGGGAGCCGAAGAACAGGGAGCUGGCGCAGUUCCUGCAGAGAUGCGGCCUAGGCGGCACUGGCCUCGGCCUCUUUUUGGCUCAGCUUCUUCGCUUCUCCUCACAGGGAGCGUCAUCUUCAUCUUCCAACAUGGCUCGGCCGAUCGGAGCUCCAGUGCCAGCCCCAGAGAGGCGUCCUGUUCUGCCUCCUCCACCAGCACCUUCGCCCCCGCCUGCUGAACGACGUGCAAAGGAUGAGGACAGUGAUAAGGCCGUGGAAAAGCGCUCGCCUGCACUCGCUCCGCAACCUGCACCUGCAAAGGCUACGGCCGAGCGCCCACGCACUACUAGCGAAGACAGCGACAAGGAGUUCAUGAAGACCCUGGCGGACAAGCGCCGUGCAGAAAAGAAAGACGAGGAGGAGGAGCGCAGCCGCCAACAAUUUGCUCGGGCGCAGGAGCUUCGCGCUGGUUUCCUGCUUUGA